AUUUUUAGAACGCAUGCUUCAUCCUGGCAUCUACCUAUGGGGUCAAGGAUGACAAAGUCAGGUUUUACAAGCAUGAACAAUGGAAAAUGUGUCGUUGAUCCGCUAUAUAUAUUAACAAGACAUGCCAGCGUUUCUCGACAUUCUUCUGCAUCACACAGUCAGAGAUUAAUUCAUUCUUCUUUAAUACCAACUAUCCGUCAUGUCGUUAACAACUUCCCAAGUUGACAUUGUCAAGUCAACAGCCCCUGUACUCAAGAUUCAUGGAGAGACCAUCACAUCCUUGUUCUACAAGAACUUGAUUGGCACCUACCCCGAUCUCCGCAACAUCUUCAACCUCAGCCAUCAACACGAUGGCGCUCAAGCCAAAGCUCUGGCUGGUGCUGUGCUCGCGUAUGCCACCUAUAUCGACAAGCCCGAAUUUUUAGCAUCUACAAUCGAACGUAUUGCCCAGAGACAUGUCAGUCUGAAGGUUACGGAAGAUCAAUAUGCUCUUGUUGGCGAGCAGCUUAUCAAAGCCAUUGGAGAAGUACUAGGCGAUGCCCUCACGGAUGACAUCGCUGAUGCGUGGACGGCUGCCUACGGUCAACUAGCCAAUAUCUUCAUCAACCGCGAGAAGCAAUUGUAUCAAGAGGCCGGCGAGUGGGAUGGCUGGAGGAAGUUCAAGAUUGCCAAGCGUGAGAAGGAAGCAGAUCUCAUCACAAGUUUUUAUCUGGCUCCAUCUGACGGCAAGACACCCCUGCCCCCGUUCCGUCCUGGUCAGUAUGUCAGCCUCCGAAUCAAUGUACCUGAGCUCGGUGGCAUCUUCCAAUGUCGUCAGUACAGCAUGAGUCAGGCACCUCACAGUGACUACUACCGAGUCAGUAUCAAGAAGGAGAGUUUCACUCUGGAAGGAAAAGACGAACCUUUGCCCGGCACCGUCUCCAAUCUCCUACAUAACCACUAUCAGGUUGGAGAGGAGAUUGAGAUGACAUAUCCUCGUGGCGAAUUCUGGCUUGACAUCGAAGAUGAUACAAAGGCAAAUGCACCUCUCAUUCUAAUAUCGGCGGGCGUUGGUGUUACACCCUUGAUGUCCAUGCUCGAGUCAGUUCUCAGCUCGCCUCAAUCGAAGAUGGCAAACAGACCUAUCCUCUGGCUCCACGCAGCUAGAACAUCGCAGCACAUGGCUUUCCGAACACAUGUUCGCAGUGUAUCGGCGGGCCACGAGAACGUCGAGACUCUUAUCUGGCUCAAGAACGUGGCCCAAAACGAUAAGAAGGGCGAAGACUAUGAUUUCGAGGGACGAUUAGACCUCGAUGUUGUGUAUCAAGCAAAGAAGGAAGAAUUGGAAAACAAGGGAUCUCAAUUUUUUAUUUGUGGACCUGCUUCUUGGAUGGUAGCAACAAGAGAUAAGCUACAAAGUUUAGGGGUUGCGCACGAGCAAAUCAACAUGGAGCUCUUUGGAACUGGCAGUAUCAACCAGGAGUGAGGGGACAUAUGACUGAGCAAUCAGACCAGGCAACAACAAACUAGAAUGUAGAAUUAGACAAUUGAC